CUUCAACUCAACCCUCCACAGCUCGCUAAACAGACUUUCUUGAUCGCCAUGUUAUGAUCUUGAUGCUUAAUAUAGACGCUUCAAGUCGCCGAAUAAACGAGGGUGGUUUCUCAUCAACCACUUCUUUGCGCCUUCGAAUCACACCGCUAUCAUGAUCGCUCCCAUCGCCUGGGCCUUCGUCGCCCUGGGCGCAUUAACGCCCCUCGUCACAGCGAAUCCAGAAGACGGCCUUCCCUCAUAUCACUACGGCGCUCCUAUUCCCGUAGAAUGCAUGAACCGUAACUCAGAAACUGGCGAACAUGUCGAAAACGAAAAGCACGAAAUCGAGUGGAAACCUUUCCCCAUCUGCAACGAAACCGGCCGCUCUCUUGAAUUCAACUACGGCACAGAAGGCGAAGUGAACUGCACGAUAGCUAUGAUCGACGACCCUUUCUUCCACCUCCUCGAAUUCUACAUCCACUCCGAUGCGCCUCUGUCAUGUCGUAUCCCUGCGCGUCCAGCGGCCGAAGUCGAAGUCGUUGGUGAGAAGGUCCCCGAGCGUGAAUACGUCCCUGUUGUUUUCGCGCUCGCGGGUACAUUACAGCUUAGCCAUAUACACAUCAGCACGCAUAUGAACGUGUUGCUACAUAGCACGCCGAAGCAUCAUACUCAUGUUCACGACAGUGGUGUUUUGGAUUCAGCGAUUGCGUAUAGUACCAGUCCUCUGCAUCAUUUACAGGGCUCGCAUACACGAAAAUUGGUCAUUGGCGAUCCAUUACCGUUGAGCCUCUCUGUGCGAUGGUUCCCUACACCGGCGCUGCCCAAGACAGAAGGAAAGGUAGAAUGGCAGGGCCUAGGUGGCCAUAUUUACGCGAGCACUGUGUUCUACAGUCUCGUGUCCUUUGGCGCUGGUGUGUUGUGUGCUACUAUGUACACUCUUGGUGUGAUUCUGCCCAGGAGGCUCAAAGGACGAGCUCUUGGGGGUGCGACACCAUUGGGAUAUGGAGUGAACACUAUGGGCAAUGGAUGGGGAUACUCGAAGCAGAAUAAGAGAAUGGACUGAAGUCCAGGUUCAUAUGUACAGUGCAUUUAUGGAGUCAGGGAUGGAUGUGGGAUUCUUGCAAUGUAGAACAGUAAUGGGAAAAGCCAGAGGCAACAGUCCACAUUGACUAUCUGUCAUAAAAGUGCCGUUUCGU